AUUCAGUUCGUGAGGUUUAUUCAACACAAAUAAGAUCAGAGGUUUAUCCAUCCAUCUCCAAAAUCGACCUGAGAUCUUCUGGAGAGUGUUUCUUGACUCACUGAUCUUGAUAUUCAACGUUGGGUUUGUUUUUUCCUUCUUCGAUCUCUUCUUCUUUAAUCUCUGAAGCCAUAAGAGAGCAAGUCGCGAGGCAACAACAACUCGAAGAAAUCUGGGGAAGGAACAUUGCUUUGGGUUUCAAGACUCCUUGUGAAGCCAUUGAAGUUAAACAGUAAUGACUCAAAUCAAUCUACCAUUUGAAGUUGGUCAAACUGUAGAAUUAAGAUCUUUUAUAUCGGGUUAUCGUGGUGCUUGGUUUCGAUGCAAGAUUCUCAAGAUAUCUCAGAAAAGGAGAGCAUUAUUCUAUGAUGUGGAGUAUCUCGAUUAUCCCGGAGAGAGUAUACAUACAACAAAAGUAUUUCAACAACUCGAAGGUGGGAGUGAGAAACACCUAAUGAUUCGACCUGUCUAUCCACGACAAUGUCAUGAAAAUGAAGUCCUUAACAAGGAGGGUGGUGCUCUAGAAGAAGCUGCUGUUGUUCAUGAUGAUUGGAAGGUUGGUGAUUUGGUUGAUUGGUGGGAAGCCUAUUGUUAUUGGUCUGGGACGGUUCUGGAAGUGAAAGAAAAUGGAUCAGUACAGAUUGAAUUGUUGGCUCCACCACAUGGCGAAGGGAGUAUCUAUGAGGCCCUGUCUAAGGAUUUGCGACCAUCAUUGGAAUGGUCACUUGAUGAUGGUUGGACUGUACCUUUUUCUAAGGAUGGGGAGAAGAGGCAAUGUGCUAAGCUAAUGAAACAUUUGAAUGAAGAUCAAGUGAAUGAGGCCAAAUCAAUGGAAGAAGAAGAGCAGAGUGGAGCUGAACCUAGAGAGGAAGAAAAGAAGAGACCCACAGAGAAGUUGAAAAAAGAUGGAGCUCUUCGGUUGAACAUCAUGGAAUCAGAGUCUGUUGAAGCUGCUGUCUUGGACUUGGAAGAGCUGAUUGUUCGUUUCGAGUGGAUGAAGGGCAUAUUAGCUCCUGAUUCUUCAGAAAAAUCUUCCUGGAUAUACGAGCCUUACCGUCCAUCCUCCUCAAGAAUCUGAAAGGUUUGAACAUAUCACCUCUGGAUCGCAAUAUCGUACAGUCCUCAGGUGGAAUAUAUUGAGCUAUGAUGUAAAUGAGCAAAAGUCCUCAGGUGGAGAAGAUUGAAAACUGAACAUAACUCUGUUAUUGAAAUGUCUGUUCUUUUAGGUUUUUCGGUUUCCUUCUUGUUGAUACUUUUGUAGCACUUUCUUCUCUAUAUAAAUGGCACAUUUAACUCUGAGCCAACUUUUUGCA